GCUUCGAAAUUCCUCGCGCAAUCUCAAAGCCGCCUCUCCUUCACUCAGAACGACCCUGACACUCGCUCUCGCAAUCCCCUCGAUCGUCGGCGUCAGCCUGCUUCGGGCUCUCGCUACGUUCAACGCACCUCGAUGCCCACGCCAUAUCAACCUUCGGGUUCCGUCUCAUAUCUAUCCCGCUUCCCAUUUGCUGCCCGUCCGCGACAGGAAGAUGUGCCAUUAUUCCAAGGUUUCGAGCAAGAGGAUGAAGAGACACAGCACGAGCGCGACAUGGCAGAUUAUCUAGCUCUCCAAAAAUCUCGCCGCAAUUUCAUCCCCAGCCAUCUUACAGAGUCGUCUGAGCUUGAAGACCACAACCUCGACUCUUCCAUUCUUGCUUCACGAGCCAGUCUCUCGGCUUCGAAACAAAAGUCGCCUAUGGUCGAUGUGGAGCUAGGCUCGACUGACAAUGAUGAUGCUUACUCGGAUUUUGACAGCAUUGAUAGAGAACUCGACGCUCGCCCGCCAGCCUUCCAGACGUUUCAGCCUUCGGUACCUCCUCCACGAUCCACCUUCCUUCCGCAAGAGACAGAUCCUGAAUCAGCCUAUGCUCAUCCGAGGCCGCCUAGUCCGGAUAACGAUAGUGUCCCACCUACAGUCAUUCUCCCAGCACCAGAGCCACCACGCCAUGACAUGUUCUGGUCCCAGCUAUACAAGAUUUGCGUCUUUGGCAUGUUUGCGACAUUUGUAUUGGUCUGGUUCCACACUUCAUCGCCAAACUCCAAAAAGCCUUUGGGCGAUACAAUUUACUCCGCCAUGACUUCUUCCAUCAACCUUCUACUCUGGGAUACAGUUAUCACCGUGAUGGUUGCUAUGCUGUGGUUGGCUCUUCUCCGCGAGUAUGUCCGCGUUCUGGUCUUCCUGAUGCUCGUCUCGGUCCCGGUUAUCCUCUUCUCCUUUUCGCUGUACCCCUUCAUCUCAAGCUACAAGGGUGCUUGGCACGGAAAUAGUGUUCAGGACAAAGUCAUGCGCUGGUUCUCUUUCGUGCCAGCCGUCAUCGCUUGCGUCUGGGUCUACUCGGUCUAUAAAGGUCGUCGCUCGCUCGGCAAGGCAAUCGGCAUCCUCGAAUUCGCCUGCCGCAUCGUCACAGCCUCCCCAAGCCUGACUUUGCUAGGAUUCGGUACACUAGGAGUCGUCGUCUGCUUUACCUGGAUCUGGAUGGGCAUGUUCACCCGACUCUUCCUGGGUGGCCACAUGUCGAAGCUUCAGACCUUUAUCAUCGAUCUCAAUACGUGGUGGUUAGGCUUCUUCUUCGUCAUGGUUUAUCUGUGGACUCUAGGCAUAAUCGCUGGAGUACAAAGAGCAACAACUGCUGCCACCGUCUCGCAAUGGUACUUCCAUCGUCUGAGUGUCCCAGCACCGUCGUCCAACACGGUUGUACGGGCUUCAUUCAUGCAUGCGACUGGUCCAAUGCUCGGCACGAUCUGCCUUUCGACUUUCUUGUCGCUACUGAUUCGCUUGCCUCUUAUUGUUCUUCCUCGACGUAUCGCUAGCCUUGUCACUCUCUGCGCAUUCUCUAUGGUGCCGACCUCGCUCGCUGCCCUCACUAACCCUCUGACACUCACCUAUGCUGCUAUUCACUCUCAGUCUCUGAGUAUCAGUGCCCGAGGCUUGUCUCAACUACACUUUGUCUCCAACACCUCGCCUACGACCACGCUCAAUCCAUCUGUCUUUGCCGCACAUCCGGGUUCUGGUGGGACCAUGAUGCCGUAUCGCCUGGCUAAGCUGCUCCUACACGCAACCCGCUUCAUCAUGUCAUUCGGCCUUGGUUUCGGUGGAUGGGUGUCUACAGCACGAAAUGUGCAGUUGGCAGGCGGCGGUUUCAAGGGCAGUCUCUAUGCCUAUGUCGUUGGUCUGAUAGCAGCUACAAUUGGAUGGGCAGUCUUGGGAGCUAUCGAAGGCGUCAUCGGCGGUGUGGUAGAUGCAAGUGUUGUUUGCUGGGCCAGCGAGACUGGUGGUAGGAGUGGAGCAGGCGAAGCAAGGUAUUGCCGCGAGGCGGGUGAGCUUUUUGGAGAAGGAGACUAUUAA